GCGGAACAUUUAAUUUGAAAAUAACGAUGAAGAAUUUGCGAGCUUCAUGUCUGUGUUUCUUGUUACUCGGCUGGAGAGCCGGGUGUGGUUUGGACCGGUACUCCUCUCUGGGAGAGACUGUUACCCUGCCUUGUGCGGGAUUCCAGGAAUAUGAAAACUCUUUCAUUCAUUGGAUCUUUAAUCAAAGAUCUGAAUCUUCUGAGCUGGCCUCGGAUGGGAUGAUUACAGUCAAACAGCCAGAGAGAGCUGCAAGACUGGAGGUGCCGCCUGACUCGUCUCUGCGGAUACACCAUCUGCACACAGAGGAUGCCGGCCAGUAUGAAUGUCAACAAUAUCUAAAUGGAAUGCUUUAUAAAGGAGGAACUCCUGGUUUUCUGAACCUGCACACCAUUACAGUUGACCCAAGCAGAGACUUAAAGAGAGGCACUGCUUUAGCUCUACAGUGCACCCUGGUGUGUAAUGGUGGUAUUGCAGACUGCAGUUCAGCUCCUGACAAUUUUGAACUGACCUGGGUGGAUGAUGAAGGCACAGCCCUGCAGGGAGACAGGUUCAAGAUAACUCCCAACAGAACACAUUCCACUCUGUCCCUGGAGCUGCAGAUAUCAGACCACAACAGGAGAUGGAGAUGCAACCUAACUGAGGGGGGUGCAGUAAAGGCUACGUAUAGCUAUACCACAACACUUACAGGGGCAUCUCUCCGGCCUCGUAGGCUUCCGCCAGGACCUGCACAAAGGCAGGCCGCAGCAAGUCCCAGAACUUAUAGAACUCCACGGUCAGCCCGUCGAUUUGUUGUACAGCAUCAGACGGAGGGCGUUGGAGAGCUCGGCCAGGGUCAGUUGGCCCUCGAACUCGUCCCUGACGCCCUCGCCGACCGUGGGAAGCCCAUCCCAAAGAACCCUGCAGGCAUCGGAGUCGACGGGAUCCAGAGAGAAGAGAGCAGAUUAGAAAGCCCUGGCCCUCUCGUUUACGCUCUCCAGAUCCAUCAGAAGGGAGCCAUCUUCUGCAAAAAGUGUCAGUCUCUAAAGUGGAAUUGAUAAUCAGAGUCUUCAUCUUCUGUGCUGUUCUCAUAAUCCCCGCCAUCAUCGGAGCUGUCGUAUAUGUCAAGAGGAGCAAGCGAGCAGCAGAGGAAGUGACGUCAGGGAGAGAGCUCACGCCCGUCCGGGGACUUCCUGUCGGCCCUGGAAUCACUGCCACAUUGUAGGCUCUCCCUUAUAAAAGUUCACCACAAUUUGCCUUGUUUUUCAAUAUGCUUUGCCAUACCUAGCUCUUCUUUACAAUGCUUACCUAUGCUUUACCAUGCUUUCACUGUGCUUUAUUACACUUUGCUUGGCUUUUACUAUUGGAAACUUUACCAUUCUUUCACUGUGCUUUAUUACACUUUGCUACGGCAUGAUUUAGAUAUUUUAUUUAAAAUCAUGUAAUCAAGUCAUAAUAGUAGUACAGUAUUUCAUGUUAGAUUUUGAAAUGUCAAUGUCGGUAUGUAAUUCAAUAUGUUAAAGUAACAUUAUUCAGCAAAUUUCAUGUGACUUUAUGAAGCAAAAUCACUUCGUUCUAUAGAGUGAUGCAAACGUCUGGUCAUAGCUGUAGGCUUUUACUAUGAGAAACUUUUAUAAGGGUUGCAACACCUGAAAUAUUUGAUUGAGAAGAUCUUUACACUGGAUAAGGUUCAGUGUAUUGCUGUCCUCAGAACUAUACAGUGUUCAGAAGAUGUAUUCUGUGUUUUAAUAUAUGAACAGUAGUCUUGUACUGUAUGUUAAGUGUUCGGAGGCUACCGCUAAUCAAGUUUGUACUGUAAACUAAUGAGAAUGAACGCCAGCAACAACCCUAGUGGACCGCUGGGGGAUUGCAUGUGGAUUAUGGGGUCACUUUUGUGACAAUUCCAAGCUUGAAUCCACCUAGACCUGCUAUUCCUAGAGCCCCUUUCACACUGGCACUCCUACCCGGGCUACCCGGGUCACAAUCCCACGUAGUGUGAAUUGUCCCCAGCAAGCCACCUCAGGAUGUGAGUUGACACACCGUUCAUGAGCCGAUGCAAUAACAAUUCAAUUGCAAUUCAAACUCUCUCCAAUGGUCCAGCCUCAAUCAGACCCAGUGACCUACAGCACAGGUACCAGGAUGCAGCAGUUUAUCUACAGCCUAGCAUUUUAAAUAGCUGCGUAUCCUGAAUUAAAAAAAAAAAAAACAAGUGAACAGCAUCUUCUGAAAAGACCUCUGAAUGCUAAUUGUGAGGAAGUGACGAGGGGAAUCAUAUUAGUGUUGCGCUGUGCAAUGAAGCCCAAGGCUGCGUCCCAAAACAUUCCCUUGCACCUUACACCCUUCGACAAGUGUACACUUCGCGUGAUGUUUUACUGACGUCACAGAGUGUGCACUUGGGAGAGCGAGGGAGUAGGGCAUUGCAGCAUCAUCAUUCAGCGCCUUUACCUUUACCUUUGAAUGAGAAGGGACAUUCUGGCUUAUUCUAGAGAAUGGAACCAUCCCCUCUGCCUGUUCAACCUUGAUCAGGAGAAGGCGUUCGAUAGGGUAUGCCAUGAAUAUAUGUACAAAGUGAUGGACAGGAUGAAAUUCGCUCCUGGACUUAGGGAGUGGGUUAAAACAAUUUAUACGAACAUUAGUACCCGAGUCUUGGUGCACAGACAUGUGACUGGUAAAAUAUCUAUCCAGUCAGGUGUCAGACAGGGUUGCCCACUAUCCCCACUGCUAUAUUUCGUGUGCAUUGAACCCCUCCUGCAGGCAGUUCGUAGAGAUACCAAUAUAACUGGUUUCCAGCUGUCUGGUUCCAACGGGGUCCAGAUUAAAACAACAGCAUAUAUGGACGAUGUGUCACUAAUUUGCACCAAAACAUUGUCGGUACCUCGGAUUAGUAAUAUCCUUGAGAAGUUCUGCACGGCGACCGGGGCAGUGAUUAAUAAGUCCAAGAGCGAAGUCUACGUGUCUAAAAAUUGGCAGGUAGAUAGGGAACUGUCGAACACGAACCCUAUCAAAAAGGACAAAAUCAAGAUUCUGGGCCUCAUUUUCGAGAACAAUAGCUCGGGGGCCAAGAGCUGGAUGGUGGCCAUUAACCAGGUCAGUAAAAAGACUGGCAGAUGGAGCACAUGAUCCUUAACAAUGACGGGUAGAGUAUUAAUAACAAAAUCUAUACUGUUCCCCAUCCUCUCUUAUGUAGGAAAAAUCUUUCCCCCAGACAGGACCACCAAAAAAGUGGUGGACCGCAUUACCCACUGCUUUAUCUGGGGCAGCAAGAUGGAGAGAGUAAAGCGAACCACAAUAAAUAAAGUUGAAAAGAAGGGAGGUAAGAGGGUCCCGGGCGUUGUGCAGCUCAUCCGAGUGCAGGGGCUCACGCAAACCAUCAAGAACAUCCAGGCCCUGGACAGGAAGGUAUGUUACAUGAAUCAUUUCUACUUUGCCACCUGUCUCAGGGCCUUGGGCCUCUGCACUACUGACAACACCGUGCCGUACUCCUGGGACCCCCCAUUGAACUAUAGAACUUUAAGGGACACUAUAUAUAAAUUGGGCUUAGAUAAAGCAAAAUUGGCCCCCUGGGAAUACAAGGCUGUAACUAAACAUCUUGCCGGUUCCCAGGAAAUUGUUAAAGUAGCUACUUUCUCCCUCACCCAAAGCCAAAAAAUCUGGGAGAAUGUGUCUCACAGCUGCCUCAGCAAUGUCCAGAAGGAUAGCAUGGAACACCGUCCAGAGUUCACUCCCCACUCAAGCGUUCAUGUUCAGGAAGGGACUAGGCCAAGUAGAAACAUGCCCCUAUGCAAAGUGCCGCAAGAGAGAAACACCAGCCCAUAUCUUCUUUUUUUCCAGUCACUUUUAAAGCACCACAGGUUUUACCAUGUUGAUUUUAAUCUGUGUCUGUUUUAACCUUGUACAAAGCACAAUUGUCUUGGUGUUUUUAAAUGUAUUUCAAAUGCUUUUAAAACAAAAUGUAUGUCUGUACGCAUGAAUGAAUGUCAUCUUUAAAAGAAAUGUAAAAUGAAUGAAAAAAGAAUGGGUGUAAAUUGUAAAUAUGUAAAAUCUCAAUAAAAGAGUACUUACCUUUGAAUGAGCAAGAAGCUACACAAUGUUUUGUUGUCAGAUUGUAGUUUGAAGAAUGGCUGUAGCAUUUGCACUAUUCCUGUUCCAAAGAACAGUGGAUUUCAGCAAGUAGGAGAUG